GGGCAGGUGGUAUAGAGGUGAAAUCUCUGUCCCUCAGGUGCAAGUGCAGGUUUUUUUGCCACCCACUCAAAGCUUUGGCGCUGUGAAUGCCGCCUUUGGCUGAAGAAGACUCUUCCCCGUGUACUUGUGGGACCCUGUGCUGGUGAUGUGCUGCGUGAGGUCAGUGGCAGCUGGCAGCUCGUUGCUCUGCAGCCAGGGAUUAUGCUGAUCUCUGCCAUCCUGUUGCAUGCUGGAGGAUUUGGGAGUCUUUGCUGUGGUUUUUUCCCUGCAAAAUUGGAGGUGUUUGUUUCCAUGGUGGGGACAGAGGCAUGUUAUCUUUUGCUUUUAUCCCUAAAAUCUUGCUGGGGUCAACAAGGUUGUGUAGUUUAGAUGUACAUAGUGAAAAACAAGAUGUAAAUCAGGGUUUAAAAGUUCAUUUUGAAAAUAGACCUUUACAAGGCAGCAAGGAAGCAGAUUUAGGGCUGCAAACUCCAAGUCCUUAACUGGAAAUCCCUCAUUGCUGGGGUCAGACACUGUCCUGGCUCCUGGGAAGGGGGAAAGGGAGAGCAGCAAAGGGGGCUGUGCUGUUCAGGAGAGCUGCUCGUCUCCCUCCUGAGCAGGGGAGCACCAUCUCAGUGGUGCCAGUCAGUGCUGGUGCCCACCAAAUCCUUGCCUUAAAUAGCCUGACCUCGCCUGCUGCCUCUUGUUGCUCCUGGAUGUGAUGGUGAUCCCCACCUCCUCCUCUGCCAUCGCCGUAGAAUCCGUCCUGUCCCAUCCUGCAGUUGUGCGGUGGUCAGCUGCACCACGGCUCACCUUUGCCCUCUAGCACUCUCGUGGCAGCUGGUCACUGUGCUGCCACUGUCCCCUGGUGGUGACACUGCGAGAGGGGUAAACCCGUGCUCUGCUCCUCCAGUGAUGAGAGCAUUGAUCAGGACAGGCCCAGGAGGUUCCCCAAUGCUCACCAUGUCCAACGCCACAUUGGUGCGAUGGGCAGCGCCUGCGGGUGUUGCUUGGCCCCGAGCUUCCCCUGCUAAUGAGAUGGUGUUGAAAGGAGCUCGGUACCAAAAUGAAACGCUGAACUGCAGUUUGCUGGGGCUCCUGAUGCUGAGUUUUUUUUAGUGGCUCUGGAAACUCAUUUUCAAAAAGUGAGCUGCUGUAAGAGAAAAUCUUGCAGCUCUGCAGUGUGCUCUCAGCUCUGCUCUUUUGCAGCAAGUGUGAUUUUAUUUUUAUUUUUUAUUAUUCCAGUGUGUGAUGCAAAUCCCCUGGGGCUCAGGGAACGUGGUGCAAUGCUGGGUGAGGCGCAGGUCGCUGCGGGGAUCGGCCGAGCCCAGAGCCCGUCACAGUUUGGGGCUGUGGUGCCCCAGCAUUGGGUGCAGCAAAGCAGAUGUCAGCAGCGCUCUGAGGUCUUGGGGGGGAUCAGUGCCUUCUUGUUGAGAUGGUGCAGCUUUUGGUUAGGAGAAAGAACCAAGAAAAAAGAAUUCCAGUGCCCCGGAGAGGAAGUGAUGGUUGAUAGCCCUCCUCCACAGGGUUCAAAGGGUCUGUGCACAUGUCCCAGGAGGUUCAGUCCCUGUGAUUUCUUGGUGACAAAGCAGGAUGCGGUGAUGGAAAAGAGGAAAUUCUUACAAAACCCGUGUGAACAGCACAGAAAAGAGGAGGGCCCCGUGGGUGCCGGCGCCGCAGCAGUAGGCGCAGCGGUGAGGUGCGUUCCCUCCUCCGCAGCUCGCUGUUCCCUGGUUUCCUGCCAGGAAUACUCUCCCAGGGAUGGGCUCCGGAGGAAACGAAACCCUAUCCCCUGCCCCAGAUGCUCUGCCUGGGUUUUCUGGAGCUGUUUCUGGCUUUCGGCUCUUUUCCUUUUAGCAUCCCCUCGUGCCUCUCGGUCACUUUUCCUCUUUAUUCCCGUCCCUGUCCCCGGCCGCUCCCCGAAAUGGGCAGCGGGCGGAUUCCUGCGGGUGCUCAUCUGUAUGCAGCCUCCUCCCCGUCGAGCCUCGCUCCUCCCUCCCCGCAGCUCCGCGGCGCCGGGGAAGAGCUGCGUGCGGGGCCGGCGCUGCGCCUCCGCGCCCUCCUCGGCUUUAGGGUUAUAUUACCGUCAUUACUAUUUUUUCCCUCUUUGUCCUUCCCCCGUCCUUCGGCCGGAACUGCGGAGCCCGGCGGCAGCGCUGGGGACUGGGGGACACGGGAGGGACGAGGCCACCGCUGGGGCGCCGGGGGCUGCGGGCUCUGCGCUGCGUGUCACCGCUCUGCGCCGGCCGCGCUCGGCGGGGAGAUGCCCCUGGAGGACAGCGGUGCGGCGAGGCGGAGCGGACAGCAUCCCAGCGGCGUCACCGGCUGCCAGGGGACGCGGGACACCCCGCACAGGGACGAGCCAGCUCCCGGUGUCAGCGGGGCGGGGGCGAUGGCAGAGGAUGAGGAGCUGUGGCCAGAGCUGAGCGAUGGAGAUGUGACCUCUGGACGCGGAGAAGACGCGCGCGGGGCCCUGCAGCGGGCGGAGAGCGGGGAAGCGCUGAUGGCCGAGCUCUCGGAGCAGGUGCAGAGGGUGGUGCGGAGCAGCAGCUGGUGGGAGAGGCACGGCGUGGACAUCUGCAUCCUCACCUGCAGCCUCCUAGCGCUGCCAGCAGGAUUCCUGUGCCUGUGUUCAGCCCACGCCAUCCCUUUCCUGGCGGGUGUCCUAAUCCUUGGCGUGGGAUAUCACACCCUGGCUGUGAAGGGCAGCCACCUGGCCAGCCACAACGCCCUGACCAAGUCCAAGGCCUGGGGCAAAGUGUGGGCUGUCUUCUUCAUUGAGUUCUGCUCAGCAUUCACGGCCGAGCAGGCCAGCUACAACCACGUGAAGCUCCACCAUGGCUACACCAAUGUCAUUGGCCUGGGGGACUCCAGCACCUGGAAGCUUCCUUUCCUGAACCGCUACAUCUAUAUGUUCAUCGCGCCGCUCGCCGUGCCCAUCAUAACCCCCCUGGUUGCGCUAGACUUGCUGAGGAACGUGGAGAUGAGGGCCGCUCUCCGCACUGUCUGCCUCAUGUCGCUGGGGCUGUGCUGCCAUUACUGUCUGCUGCGCCAUGUCUCGGGCUUUCAGUCUCCAUGGUCCGCCCUGCUCUGCAUGCUGCUCACCCGUUCUCUCCUGGCCCACCCCUACAUCCACGUCAACAUAUUCCAGCACAUCGGCCUCCCCAUGUUUGCGGCUGAUCGGAAGCCCAAGCGCAUUCAGCAGAUGAGCCUGGGCGUGCUCAACCUGCCCCGCAAUGCUCUGCUUGACUGGUGCUUCGGCCACUCGCUCAUCAGCUGCCACGUGGAGCACCACCUCUUCCCCAGCCUGUCUGACAACAUGUGCCUCAAGAUCAAACCCAUCGUGUCGCAGUACCUGAAGGAGAAGCGGCUGCCCUACAACGAGGACACCUAUGCCUCCCGGCUCCAGCUCUUCCUGCAGAAGUACGAGGAGCUGAUGGUCCACGCACCACCCAUCACAGAACUGGUGGGCAUCCAGUGAGCUGGGGGCCGAAUCGCUGCAGGAAACGUUCCUCCCAGUGUCCUGACUUUGAGCAGCAGGUGCUGUGCAGGGACGAGCUGAGCAGUGCCAAGGCAGGGACUGAGCAAGGGUCCUGCCCCCCCCCUGGAGCUGCUUAUGGACAGGGUUCAAUUCUACCCACUCUGCUUUCAUGCUUGAGGAGAACGAAGCAAAGCCCAUUGGCUGUGUCCUUGCCGCGCAGGAGCAGGUGGCGGGGACGUGUCACCAUGUGCUACCCAGGAGCUGUUGAAAAAUGCUGGGGGACAGCGGGGUGUCACUGCUGCUGUGUUUUACCUGACUGGGACGGGGGAAUCCGUUUCUUCUGGGAACAAGGAUUUAGAAAAUUCA